AGCCAGUGCCAGACCACCAAUUCCACCCCCAACCCCCCGCAAUCCCCCACACCCAAAACCAAACCCCAGCCGCUAGCUAGCGCGCACGCCACCUCAGCGUGCGCCCGCCGCCAUGGCGCCCGCCGCGAAGAAGCCCCCGCUCAAGUCCAGCUCCUCGCACAACUCCGCCGCGGGGGAUGCCGCCGCCGCCGCCGCCGCGGCCGCCGGGGGGAAGACCAUCGAGGAGAUGUACCAGAAGAAGACGCAGCUGGAGCACAUCCUGCUGCGCCCGGACACCUACGUCGGCUCGGUCCAGAAGCACACGCAGCCGCUCUGGGUCUACGAGGGCGGCGCCAUGGUGCAGCGCCCCGUCGCCUACGUCCCCGGCCUCUACAAGAUCUUCGACGAGAUCCUCGUCAACGCCGCCGAUAACAAGCAGCGCGACCCCUCCAUGGACUCCCUCAAGGUGGACAUCGACGUCGGCGGCUGCUGCAUCUCCAUCUACAACAACGGGGACGGCGUGCCCGUCGAGAUCCACCAGGAGGAGCGCAUCUACGUGCCCGAGCUCAUCUUCGGCCACCUCCUCACCAGCAGCAACUACGACGACAACGAGCGCAAGACCACCGGCGGGAGGAACGGCUACGGCGCCAAGCUCGCCAACAUCUUCUCCACCGAGUUCGUCAUCGAGACCGCUGAUGGCCGCCGGCAGAAGAGGUACAGGCAGGUUUUCUCUGAUAACAUGGGGAAGAAGUCGGAGCCCGAGAUUAAGAAGUGCAAGCAGUCAGAGAACUGGACCAAAGUUACCUUCAAGCCUGACCUUGCAAAGUUCAACAUGACCGAGCUCGAAGCUGAUGUUGUGGCACUCAUGAUGAAGCGAGUAGUUGAUAUGGCCGGCACCCUUGGCAAAACGGUGAAGGUUGAGUUGAAUGGCGAGAAGGUGGCAGUAAAAGGCUUCUCAGAUUAUGUGCAACUGUAUAUCGACUCUGCUUCUAAAGAAGGCAUGGAGCUACCAAGAAUUUACCAAAAGGUAAAUGAUCGUUGGGAGGUGUGUGUGAGUCUAAGUGAAGGCCAGUUCCAGCAGGUCAGUUUUGUAAACGGUAUUGCGACCAUAAGAGGAGGAACUCACGUUGACUACGUCGCAAACCAAAUUGCCAGCCAUGUGAUGGGCGUUGUGAACAAGAAGAACAAGCAGGCUAACAUGAAGUUGCAUACAGUGAAGGGCUACCUAUGGGUAUUUGUUAAUGCGCUGAUUGACAACCCUGCAUUUGAUUCACAGACCAAAGAGACCUUGACGACUCGUCAAGCAAGCUUUGGGUCCACAUGCGAGCUCUCUGAAGAGUUCCUUAAGAAGGUCUCUAGCUCGGGUGUUGUUAGCAAUCUCCUUUCUUGGGCCGAGUUCAAACUAAACAAGGAACUAAAGAAGACUGAUGGAACCAAGAAGACAAGUAUUGUUGGCAUCCCUAAGCUGGAGGAUGCAAAUGACGCUGGUGGGAAGAACUCUGACAAGUGCACCUUGAUCCUUACUGAAGGAGAUUCAGCAAAGGCUCUAGCUAUGGCUGGUAUAGGUGUAGUAGGAAGGGACCACUAUGGCGUGUUUCCUCUCAGGGGUAAAUUAUUAAAUGUGAGAGAAGCAAGCCAUAAGCAGCUAAUGGAGAAUGCAGAGAUCCAGAAUAUAAAGAAAAUUUUAGGUCUGCAGCAUGAAAAGAAGUAUGAUAGUACAAAGGGCUUGAGAUACGGCCACCUAAUGAUAAUGACAGAUCAGGACCAUGAUGGUUCCCACAUCAAAGGGUUGCUGAUCAAUUUCAUUCACAAAGAGUGGCCAUCUCUCCUCAAAGUUCCUUCUUUCUUGGUUGAGUUCAUCACUCCAAUUAUCAAGGCAACCAAGGGCAAAGCUGUCAAGUCAUUUUACUCUAUGCCAGACUAUGAAGCAUGGAAAGAGAGCUUAGGUGGAAGUGCAAGUUCGUGGACUAUAAAGUACUACAAGGGGCUGGGAACCAGCACAGCUCAAGAAGGUCGGGAUUACUUUGAAGAUAUUACCCAUCAUAAGAAGGAUUUUGUCUGGGCAGAUGACAAAGAAGAUGGUGAGGCUAUUGAGUUAGCAUUCAGCAAGAAAAAGAUUGCUGAGAGGAAGGACUGGCUGACCAACUAUCAGCCUGGAACUUGCCUUGACCAACGGGAGAAACGCAUCAAGUACAGUGAUUUUAUCAACAAAGAGCUGAUACUCUUCUCGAUGGCAGACCUUGAACGGUCAAUACCUUCAAUGGUCGACGGCUUUAAACCAGGACAGAGGAAGAUUUUGUUUUGCUCGUUCAAGAAGAAUUUGGUUAAAGAAUCAAAGGUGGCACAGUUUAUUGGUUAUGUGUCAGAACACUCAGCAUACCACCAUGGUGAGCAGAGUCUAGCAAGCACAAUUAUAGGAAUGGCUCAGGAUUUUGUUGGCAGCAAUAAUAUCAAUCUUUUGGAGCCCCGUGGCCAGUUUGGUACCAGAAAUGCGGGGGGCAAAGAUGCUGCUAGUGCUAGGUACAUCUUCACCAGAUUGCAACCUAUCACCCGCUUAAUUUUUCCAAAGGAUGAUGAUGUUCUUCUGAACUAUUUGAAUGAAGAUGGGCAGUCAAUUGAACCCAGUUGGUAUAUGCCAAUCAUUCCCAUGGUUUUGGUCAAUGGAAGUGAAGGCAUUGGCACUGGAUGGAGCACCUAUGUCCCAAACUACAAUCCAAGAGACAUUAUUGCUAAUCUGAAAAGGUUGCUAAAUAACGAGACUAUCGUACCAAUGGUUCCUUGGUACAGGGGGUUCAAGGGCUCUUUGAAGGAGACAAGUUCAAAGGCAACUGGUGUGACAUAUACCAUCACUGGUGUUAUAGAGGAAGUUCCUGACACCAGGCUUAAAAUUACUGAGCUUCCUGUCCGCCGCUGGACUACAGAUUACAAAGAGUUUCUUGAAUCCAUGUGUCCUAUUCCUAUUAAGGAAAAGGAAAAGAGCAAGGACAAGAACAAGGAAAAGAAGAAGGACAAGGACAAGGAAAAGGAAAAGGAAAAGAGCAAGGAGCCACCAUUGUUAGAGGAAAUAAGGUCGCAGUGUGAUCAUGCGGAUGUAGAUUUUGAGCUCAUCCUGACGGAGCAAAACAUGAAUAUAGCUAAGCAAGAAGGCCUUGAGAAGAAAUUCAAGCUGACUACCACAAUAGGAACAACAAACAUGCACUUGUUUGACUCAAAUGGUAAAAUCCGAAAAUAUGACACCCCAGAGGACGUACUUAAAGAGUUCUUUGACUUGAGGCUCGACUUCUAUGUCAGACGAAAGAAAGUAAUGUUGGAAAACAUGGGGAUUGAGUUGCUGAAGUAUAAGAAUAAAGUUAGGUUUAUUCUCGCUGUUAUUUCUGGGGACAUCAUAGUCAAUAACAGGAAGAGGGCAGAGCUAUUCCAGGAGCUGAAGCAGAAGAAAUAUGAUCCUUUCCCAAAGAAAAAACCCACGGCCGAGCCAGUAGCUGUAGGAUCUACAGAAGUAGAUGAAGAAAAUGAUGAGAGUCCUGCUGAAGCUGCAGCAAGUGAUUAUGAGUAUCUUCUCGCAAUGUCAAUUGGUACCUUGACUAUGGAGAAGGUGAAGGAGCUCAUUGCGCAGCAGGAUAAGGUAGAGGAAGAUCUGAAUAUCCUGAGUAAUACAGAGCCAAAUACUCUUUGGCUGAGAGACCUUGAUGCUCUUGAGAAGGAACUGGAUGUGCUUGAUGCAAAACUUGAAGCUGAACAGAAUGACAGAUCACGUAAGCGCGCCAAAAACGCGAAGGAAUCUAAUGCAGCACCCAAGAGACAGCCUAAGAAGGCUGCGGCCAAGUCUCAGAAGGCAAAUUUGGCUGGGAGCGACGAUGAAGAUUUUGAACCACCGAAUCCGAAACCUGCAGCGCAAAAGAAGAAACCACCACCCAAGAAGGCAAGUGCACCGGUGAAAGAUGAAGAGGACGACGAAUUGGCUGUUCUCAAAGACCGUCUGGCUGCUUAUAAUCUUGAGGACUCCUCUCCAGAACCUAAUGCCAUGGAAACAGAACAGCAGCAGAAAGGAAAGAAAGGGAGGAACGGACCAAGCAAGAGAGGCGCAGCGAAGAAGGCCAUGUCAUCCCUAGCCGAGUCCUCUGAUGAAGACAUGGCAGAGCCCCGCCAUGAGAGCGAGGGUGGGGGGUCUUCCAUGGAAGUUGAGAAGAAGACCAAAGGAAGAAAGCCUGCUGCCGAGAAGCCGAAGGCUACCACCAUCAGGAAGAGGGCGCCAGCUCAGAGCAAAGUCAUGAAGCAGAAAGUGAUGGAGGAAAUAUUCAAGCCUACCGAUGACAGCAACCUCAGUGCUCCUUCACCCGAGAAGAAGGUGCGGAGGAUCAGGUCCUCCCCCUUCAACAAGAAGAGCGGCUCGCUUCUGCAGAGAGAGGCGGGCGCUUCAACAGGGGCAGAGGAUGCCGAGGCUCCUCCCUCCGGCAGCUCUGCCGAGCCAGUUGCACCGAGGAGGACAGUAAGGGAGAGGAAGGUGGCGAUAGUCUACGCCGAUUCCGGGAGCGACGAUGAUGAGGAGUCCGAGGAUGAAGAUGCGUCGGAGCCGAGCGAAUCUGACUACUCCGGUGAGGACUAGAGUACUAGACUCCUUAGCUCAGCUGCUCAAACAGAGUGUGGAAUUGGAGUGCAGUGUGACUAGUUUCUAAGACAUUUGGUUAGCUAAUAUGAUGUGUUGGUGUGCUCAGGUGCAUUUCUUGUGCGUCUUGUGUUUAUGUUAGAUGUGUGUACUCAGAUCAAAACAAGGUUUGGAAGCUAUGUGUUGUUGCUUACAGUUUCUCCAUGGCUUCUGUUCCUUGGUCUGUGAGCUUGCAUCAUUGUUCAGUCUAUCAAUACUGAGAGUUUAUUUA